UGAAUGUCUUAUUUAAAAAAAGGAGGAAUGCACGGUGGAUUAUGAAUUAUGAAUGAUGAUAUCAUUGCUCUAUGAACUUUGCUCAUGCCUAUGAUUAGCAUGUCGAGACAGGGAUAGUUUUACAACCUUUCACUGGAGCAAAAGGACACUUUCCACACGACAAUAUCUCACUGUAAACAAAACAUCUAGAUUCCGUUCCGUUCGUUUAGAAGUGCAUUAUUCCCCAAUAAUUGUUGUUUUGAGCAGCUCGUGUUAUUGUCGGAGGAAGGCGGGUCUUCACGGACUGAUCCGCGAUCAGCUGAGGCGUCACAGUCCGCACGUUAGGAUCAUAUUUAGCGUUAUUCCCGUGCAUGUCGAACGAUGUUUCACUGUCGGAGGAACGUUUCGGGAGCGUCUUUGUUCCUGCAGCGGUUGAACUUCUCCGGAACGCUUCAUCUUCACGCGAGCGGCGUCCGUGCGAUGCGAUGCUGGCGAUUAAACGCAAGCAAAGCCAAUGUUUUAUUAUUCCGUCCAUGUUCACGUGAGAGUCCGUUCGGAACGUCGCCGGGUUUAGUUGUUGCGCGCGCGCGAAUGGCGGCGUUUGUUUUGAACGCGACGCCGCGACGAGAAUACAGCAGCGACAUCUUGAAAUCACCCAAAGAACUCGAGUCGUUCUUAACGGUCCGUUCUUCGGCUGCUGUCAUGGUGAUGCAAACGAGACGAUCGACCACGACGCCCGAGAAAACGCGAGAUGAACGCGCCGCUGAUAUUCAAACGGUGUCGCCCGUGUCCCGUGCUGAAGGUCAAGGGUCAGACGGGAAGCUCAGUCGGGCACAGCAGCUCAGGAAGGUGUUUAAGGAGUACGGGGCCGUCGGCGUCUCCUUCCACAUCGGGAUCUCCCUCAUGUCUCUGGGAAUAUUCUACCUCUCCGUAUCCAGCGGGCUGGACGUGGCGUCUCUGCUGUGUAAGCUGGGCUUCAGUGAGUCGGUGGUUCAGUCCAAGAUGGCCGCCGGCACGAGCACGUUUGUUCUGGCGUACGCCGUACACAAGCUCUUCGCCCCGGUGCGCAUCAGCGCCACACUGGUGUGUGUGCCGUUCAUCGUGAGACACCUCCGGAAGACGGGACUCUUCAAACCCAGGACAUCCGGCCCGUGAGCCUCACACACACCACUCGACACUCUUCAUAAGCUUCUCUAGAUGCCUUCUCAGAGCAUUUCACUGAUAAUGAACUCACUACAGGAACUGGAUAAUGCAUCCGUGCAUUUAUUAAUCGUACAGUACCUCUUUAGUAUGGAUGGCGGUCCUCUUUGCUGCGUGUGCAUGAUGUUCUUCCUCAGCGGUGUGCAGGGAACGUCUGAACGCUGAGGAAGACCGUGACCCCUGGUGAACUUCCUGUGCCUCGUCGGAUGUUGGAGCGAUCGGGUGUUUAAUGAAUGUUCUUUAGUUUUAACCUCUGCAGCCCUUAAUAUCAGCUGUGGUCUUUGUAAAUAUAGAUUGAACGUUGAUGAAGGACUGGUUUGUCUUGUUCUUACACAGUUUCAUUUAAUUCGCACUAAAGCUAACGAUGGAUUUUCAGGACAUUUUUUUGUGUGACUGUUAAAUAUAUUGAAAAAAUGAUUGUGUAAUAUUGCACAGACAAUGUUAUAUUUGCCUACAUAUAAUUAUAAAAUUAAUUUUUUUGCCCAAUAUUGACAUUUUUUUCACUGAUUGUAAAUGCUUUUUGAUCAUAUAUGAUUAUUUGGCCUUUCAUGAUUAUUUAUGACUCUUCAUCAUCAUAUGUGAAACAUCAAAAUUACAAUAUGCUAUUGUAAUAUGUUUGUGUAAUAUAAUCUGUCUUGAUUUCUCACAUUUCAGAGCAAAUAAUCUGAUUCUCAGGUGAUCCUGUAGAUGGCGAUGCAGUUACACUAAAACACACGCUACACAAAAUGUGCAAAAUGUUUUGCAAGAUUUGAGGUGGGAUGUGAGAUCAUCACAAGGACGUGUGUGUGUGUGUUUUAUUAUUUUUGAGCACUUGAAACUGACGUGUUUUCACAAAAUCACAUAGCAUUUUUUAAGUAAUUAUUAUUUACUUAUUUACUUUGAGAUUUAACAAAAAUAUCUGAAUAUUCUCAUAUCAUAUCUACUUGCUAAAAGUACUUUGAAUUUACACAAAUCAAAUAAUGUGUGCAUUAUGAACUUCCUUGAG